AGGCUGUGCUUUUCGAUGAAAUCGAACUCACCGACCUGUGCCUAGCCGAGUGUUCAAUAAAAAACGUCAAUCACAGUUUCCAGGUGAUAACUCCUUUCAGAUCCUUAGUGCUUUGCUGUGAAUCGCGUAGAGAAAUGGAAGAGUGGCUCGGUGCCCUGUCAACCGCAUCUCAACGCAAAUACAAUGAACCUGACCACCCCGACUGCCUUUCCGGACAGCAUCACUGGUAUGCAACGUCGCACGCACGUCCCACCUACUGCAACGUAUGUCGAGACGCAUUGUCCGGCGUUACGUCACAUGGGCUUUCGUGCGAGGUCUGCAAGCAGAAGGUACACAAGAGGUGUGCCGCCAAGGCCAUCAACAACUGCAAAUGGACCACGUUGGCGUCGAUCGGCAAGGAUAUCGUCGAAGAUGAGGACGGGAACAUCAUGAUGCCUCAUCAGUGGAUCGAAGGAAAUCUUCCAGUUUCUGCCAAAUGCGCUGUUUGUGAUAAAAAUUGUGGUUCAGUACUUAGGUUACAGGACUGGCGCUGUCUUUGGUGUCGCUCAACUGUUCACACCGCCUGUAGGCCUGCCAUGACCCCUAAAUGCCCCCUAGGGCCCGCCAGAGUUAGUGUAGUCCCACCCACUGCCCUUCAUUCCAUUCAGGACGAAGCCUGGGAAGCAGUCAGGCCUCAAGCCUCAUCUCCAUUGUUAGUUUUCGUCAAUUCUAAAUCAGGUGAUAAUCAAGGUGUGAAAUUUCUCCGUAAGUUCAAACAACUCCUCAACCCUGCCCAGGUAUUUGACCUCAUCUCGACUGGACCUCGGCUAGGUCUGAGGUUAUUCCGGCACUUUGAUCCGUUCCGGAUUCUUGUUUGUAGUGGCGAUGGAUCCGUAGGGUGGGUGCUUUCGGAAAUCGAUAAGCUCGAUAUGCACAAACAGUGCCAAGUUGCAGUGCUUCCUUUGGGUACGGGGAACGAUUUAGCGCGGGUUUUAGGUUGGGGUUCCUCAUGCGAUGACGAUACGCAUCUGCCUCAGCUCUUGGAGAAAUACGAGAAGGCUAGCACCAAAAUGCUGGAUAGAUGGAGCAUAAUGGCUUUCGAACGCCACAUAGCAAUGCCAAAACUCUCCCUGACACCAGGCAUCACGGACGGCCAGCUGCACCACCAAAUCGCCCAAUACGAAGAUUCCUUGGUUGGUCACAUCCAGAACAUCUUACAAAGUGAUGAAACGUCGGUCAUUAUCAACGCGGCGAAAAGACUGUGCGAGACUGUCAAGGAUUUCGCCGCGCAGUUGGUGGAGAGCUCGCUGACGCAAGGAGAUGACCUGCUGGCGAAAAAAUGCGACGUACUGCAGCAGAAAUUGGAACUCUUGCUGAAAACUCUGACCAGCGAACAAGUGGAGAUGUCCAACAUUCAAAGCAUGGCAGACGACGAAAGCCACAGCGGUAAGUCACAUCAUCCGGGGGCGGAAGACACCGACAGCGAAAUGUCCUUCGACAAGACCAAGACGGAGAAGGUCGAGAAGGAACUGAGCAAUUUCAAUUUUAGGAAACUUAGAAGGACAUCUAGGUUUAUGGAACGUGAAAAAGAUGCAUUGAUAAACAGGGCGAACAGCCUAAAGCGGGCCAUACGAAGCCUAGUCGAGCACACUGAGCAAGUGGUCGACGAGCAAACUAGACAAUCAACUUCAGCAAUACCUACUGUUCAAAUAUCCUUAGCAGCGAACUCGAUAAGCAGACUGACGAUGACGCCAAUAGAAUGGAUUCACUCAAAGUAAUGGCCACGAUAGAAUCAGGAGGUAGUACCGAUGGAAGUAGCUGUCCUUCUCCUACCUGCAGCAUUUCUACGGCCAGAAUGAUCAACAUAUCUCCAAUCGGAAGAAGAGAGUCUGCAGGAAUUAGUUUCGAUGAGUCGGAGGUUCUAACAUUACCUGUACCAGCCGAUUUUGCUGAUAGCAGAAGAGCGAGCCAGAUCCAAGCUCAACAGCAAAGUGGAGAUGCCAUAACGGAAAAGGUUUUGCUGGAAACCGCUUCAACUUUGAUCCAAAUCGAAACGGAACGAAAACCCAACGAACUACGUGGCAGCGAAAAUGCUAUACAGGAGUUAGACGAACAACCAAUGCAAGCGAAACAAGAACAACGACGAGACAGUGGCAAAGACAGCGAUGCCGACAAAACCUUAGCAGACGAAGAAAAAGAAUUCAGCAGCCUUAUGUCCACCAUAUCGAACGAGGAGCUGAGUAUCGCUUCUGAUAUUCUGGAUCUUCAGCAAUCAGCUACUACUACAGCUAUAGUCGCGGCAGCUACAUUUACGAAAUCAUUUGUACCACGGAAAGGAAGCGAUGGUGAAGAUGUGAACGGGCACAUUUGUCACAUAGACUCUCCAGAAAGUGACACUUGUGCCACCUCGGAAGUCAUCCAUGGAGAGUCUUUAAUGGAUGACAUCAGUUCGAUGCUGGGAGAGGUUCUUGGGUUGGACAGCGUCGAUAAUUCUUACACAGACGAUACUACGCUUUUCCCCAGCGAUAUAGAACGUAAGAUGAGCCUGAAGAGAGAUUCUCUGGAAAGAAAACGUCGCAGCUCCCGUGCGAAAUCAGAUCAAAAAUCGGAAACCAAAGCAGACGAUGACACACAGUUCGGUUUUGAAAACCGCGUGUUCAUGACUACUCUGCUGGAUAACCGAUUAGAGAUGGAACAACCGAAGUAUUGUAGUCUGGCUCAGUUUGUCGAAGCAGUUCGGCCUACUUUUCCAGGCAACGACAUCGCCAGGAAGUCCUUCAAGAGGAAGCACAGCAAGAAGAAAGAAACUGUGAAGCUAUCGGAAAAGGAGGCGAUGAGUAGGGAGGAAAAGGAAGAGCACGGCGAGAAGGAGGAUGAAGAGAAAGAGAAGGACGAUCAGUAUAAGUUUCCCCAGGUGAGCGUCAUAGUGGAACCGCCAUCUCCGGUACUAACGGAGCAGAUAAGGGCAGAACGUGUGGAGCAGAUUCGGAUCGAGAUAGAAAGCGUGGAUGAUGCGGACAACGAUCAGGAGCUGCUCACAUCGAAGACAGACAAGGCUGCUGCCAGCAAUCAUAGCUCUAGCUCUAACCUACUAGGAAUAGGAAACGAACACUUCCUGACACGUUCUCCCGCAGCCACCAGACGAAUUUCCUGCUGCAGUAUGUUAAAUCCUGCUGAGACAGCUGCUCUAGCAGCAGCUGCGGCUACCACGAAAUUCUACAGCGACGCCACCGAAAAGAAGAGCGACAAGAAAGAUGAUAAAGAUAGAAAACUGCCCAUUAUUAAUCCUCUGGUACACGUACCUACAUGGCCAAACGUGAGUACUGGUGGUGGCUUCAUCAGCAAAUGUCUACUAGCAAACGCAGACACCCUAUGUGCGGCUGUGAGUCCCUUGAUCGAUCCCGAUGAAACGUUAUCGGAGGGCUUUUACGAGAGAUGCGUUAUGAAUAACUACUUUGGCAUCGGGAUUGACGCAAAAAUCUCUUUGGAUUUCCAUCAUAAAAGAGAGGAACAUCCAGAAAAGUGCAGAUCCAGAGCUAAGAACUACAUGUGGUACGGCGUCCUCGGCAGCAAGCAGUGGCUCCAGAAAACCUACAAAAAUUUGGAACAACGGGUGCAACUUGAAUGUGAUGGUCAAAGGAUACCGUUGCCUAGUUUACAGGGCAUUGUGAUACUGAACAUUCCAAGUUUUAUGGGUGGAAUCAACUUCUGGGGCACGACCAAAGAAGGCGACAUCUUCUUGGCACCGUCGUUCGAUGACAAGAUUUUGGAAGUGGUGGCGGUGUUUGGAUCGGUUCAGAUGGCUGCAUCAAGAUUGAUCAACCUCCAGCAUCACAGGAUCGCGCAAUGUCAAAGUAUCCAAAUCAACAUCUUGGGAGAGGAAGGUGUUCCGAUACAGGUGGACGGAGAAGCUUGGAUUCAACCACCAGGAAUAAUCCGUAUUCUGCACAAAAAUCGAAUGCAAAUGCUGUGCAGAAAUCGUUCCUUGGAAAAUUCCUUGAAAUCCUGGGAAGAAAAACAACGGCAAAGUAUGUCUGGUCAAGGAGCGAAGCCUCGACUAUCUAUUUCGCAUGACAAAGGACGAUCCAGUUUGACCAGGCAGAGCAUGCCAGUCCAUGAAAAGUCGUUCUUAGGAGUCAAUAUCGAAAAGAUCAGACAACACUCCUUCAGCGGAGCGGUGCCCUUCCAACACCAUCACGCCGAAAAGGAGUCCGCACCCAUAGUCAAAGAGCACAAGACGGUGCAUUUCAUGGACAAGCCAAUCAAGACGCCAUCGGAACCGGAUAUCCUGUUCUCCGAAGAGGAACACCAUCUGUUGAUCGGCUUCAUCGAAUGCACGACAACGCUCACCAAGUGGAUAAAAAUUUUGGCGAUCAGCUACAGUUUGGAGACGGACCUGUACAGCCUGGCGAAUAAGGUGGACGCCUGCUUGGAAAGGGUACAUCCGAACGGGAAGAUAUUGGAAGGGCCCGAACUUAGGGAGGAAUUUACCAAGCUGGUGGAAGCAGUGAAGAAACUCUACGAAGAAAGUUGCUGCCUCUUGCACGACAGAGGCGACAAGUUGAAGCUGAGGGAAGAUCUGGAGAGUAAGCUAAGCGGAACACUGGCCAACACAGAACUGGAAUUGAGGAAGUGCGUCAUGUACGAUACGCCGCAUGGCAGUUUGGUUUAUUUGCAGCCAUUACAAGGAGAUCAGUCGGAGCACAAACGAAAGGGUCUGUUCUGGUUGAAAUUCCGCGGGAAAGGUUCCUCGCUGCAGACGAGUCAGAAACGCGAGGUUGCCAACUGGGGCACCCAAGAAGUGGCAACGUGGCUAGAGACAUUGCAACUGUCAGAAUAUAUUGACAGCUUCGAGAAAAACGAUAUCAGAGGCAGAGAACUACUCACGCUGGCCCGCAGAGACCUCAAAGACCUUGGGGUCACCAAAGUGGGUCAUGUCAAGAGGAUACUGCAAGCAAUUAAGGAUUUGACACAAGGUUUAUAAAGUUUUUUAGUAUGUAGUAUUUAUAGUAUGGGAAUAAUGACACUUAUCUCUGAUUGAAACAGGCUUCAACGAAUUUAAUGUUCUGUGAAAAUCUUAAAACGUGCAAAAUUAAAACAUUUGGUAUGUUAAUAAAUCAAUAUUUCAGGGUACUUUUCAACAGUCAGUAAUGAAAAAUAUGAUUAAUAUGAUUCUUCUGCUUAAGUCUUUUUUACAACUAACCCUAUUUUUUUGUCCAUAACAGAUUUUCGGGUUUUCUCCGUUAUUACUAUUAAUAAACUGAGGAGGUUAUCCGCAGGGGUAUUAUGUAAAAAAACUUAAAAAGAAAACGUCGAAAAAAUCAACAAAAUGUCAUCUUCGAGACUAGGUAGUUUUUAGUGUGAAAAUAGUUCAUUCCACAUUUGCUCGCUAUUCGCUGACGUUUAGGCAA